CGGAGGGCGCGGGACGGCUGCGCUCGCCGCGGUAGCGCUGCUGCGGCCGCGGCUGCUGCGGCGGCGGAUGUUUCCAUGUUGCGCGGCGCAUGAUUUAGAGGAGAGGAGGAGCUGGAAGCGGCGGGCGCCAGAGGCGGAGGCGAUCCGCGCCGCCGCGGGCCCGGUGUCUUUCUCCUCGCCGUGCGCGGCAUCGGGGGAGCUGCCCGUGCCUGCCCUGCGGUGCCGGGGCGGCGGCUGGCGGGCCGAGAGCUCCCGUGUCUCCCGGGGCCGGCGCUGCGGCGGCGGCGGCGGCGGGGUGUGUGUGUGCGUGCGUUUUUAGGGGGGGUGGGGGCCGCGCCUGAGCCAGUUAGGAAGAAUGACUCUGGAGUCCAUCAUGGCGUGCUGCCUGAGCGAGGAAGCCAAGGAAGCGCGGCGGAUCAACGACGAGAUCGAGCGGCAGCUGCGCCGCGACAAGCGCGACGCCCGCCGCGAGCUGAAGCUGCUGCUGCUGGGCACAGGAGAGAGUGGCAAAAGCACAUUCAUCAAACAGAUGAGAAUCAUCCAUGGAUCAGGUUACUCUGAUGAAGACAAAAGGGGCUUUACAAAACUGGUGUACCAGAAUAUAUUUACAGCAAUGCAGGCCAUGAUCAGAGCGAUGGAUACCCUCAAAAUCCCAUACAAGUAUGAACACAAUAAGGCUCAUGCACAAUUAGUUCGAGAAGUGGAUGUGGAGAAGGUGUCAACUUUUGAGAACCCCUAUGUAGAUGCAAUAAGAAGUUUAUGGAACGACCCUGGAAUCCAGGAAUGUUAUGAUAGACGACGGGAGUAUCAGUUAUCAGAUUCAACUAAGUACUAUCUUAACGACUUGGACCGCAUCGCAGAUCCAGCCUACCUGCCAACUCAGCAAGAUGUGCUUAGAGUUCGAGUCCCAACAACUGGGAUUAUUGAAUAUCCAUUUGACUUACAAAGUGUCAUUUUCAGAAUGGUGGAUGUGGGAGGCCAGCGAUCAGAAAGAAGAAAAUGGAUACAUUGCUUUGAAAAUGUCACAUCUAUCAUGUUCCUAGUAGCCCUUAGUGAAUAUGAUCAAGUGCUUGUGGAGUCAGACAAUGAGAAUCGAAUGGAAGAAAGCAAAGCACUCUUUAGGACAAUUAUCACAUAUCCAUGGUUCCAGAAUUCUUCAGUCAUUCUGUUCUUAAAUAAAAAGGAUCUUUUAGAGGAGAAAAUCAUGUACUCCCAUCUAGUUGAUUAUUUCCCAGAGUAUGAUGGACCACAAAGGGAUGCACAAGCGGCACGAGAGUUCAUCUUGAAGAUGUUCGUAGACCUGAAUCCAGACAGUGACAAAAUUAUCUACUCCCACUUCACAUGCGCUACAGACACAGAGAAUAUCCGCUUCGUCUUUGCUGCUGUCAAGGACACAAUCCUACAGUUAAACCUGAAGGAGUACAACCUGGUCUAACUGUGCCUAGGAAGCCCUCCAAGACCACCUUUGCGUGACUGAAGAUGUACAAGAGGGACUGUAUUAUCUGUGAAAACAAUUUGCAUAAUACUAAUUUAUUGCCGGCCUGGACUCUGUGAAUGUCCACAGAGUUUGUAGUUAAUAUUAUGAUUUUAUUUAAACUAUAUGGAGGAAAAACAAAAGAUGCUGAAAUACAUUCACAGCACAUUUCCUCAUUUUUUAGGCAAAACCUUGUGACUCAAUGUGUUUUAAAUUCUCAGUUGUACACUCACAAAGGAUAGCAGUUUUUUGCUAUUGAAGCAUAAUCAACCUAAUUUCCUGUUUCCCUGACCCUUUCUCUCUCCCUCCUUCCCCUCCCUUCUUACCUUUUUGAAGGUACAAUGGCCUUUCUUUUCCCAGUUGCAUUCCUUAGUAAAAUAUUUUCUGUUGAAUGAUUUGGUCAGGAAAAUACUAUCAUCAGAAUUUAAAACAUCAGACAUUCUAAUUUUACAGUGUGUACUUUGUCUGAAGGAUCAAAAGUAUUGAUACUGUGAUUUUUAAAUUCUUUACAUGGGUGUUUUCAUUCUGUCUUCACUUUGGGGGCUAGAAUUUUUGUGAUUGCGAAAUAGAAUUACACUUGUGUAUGGAUUUUAAUUUUAACUAUACUCUUGCAGCACAGAAGGAUGCAUAGAAGACAGUAAUGAAAUAAUUACAACACAAACUUGGGAUGUAUGUGGAAUAUGAUAGAAUCUCUUUUUAAUUGCCAUGUGCCGUUUUUUCUCUUUUCUUUUACUCAAUGCCAAACAAAAAUGUUACAGACACUACAUUUUCCCCAGUGGCUACAGCCUGAAACAGUGUUUUUUUCAGUUGUGUGAGUUUUUCCUUACAUUAGAGCUUUUUUACAUUUUUUUUUCCACAGUAGAAAAAUUACUUUUAUUGUAUAAAAUUAAUGUUGCCAAAUCUGGCUUUUUAUAAAACCAGUACUUGUGAAAUAUAGGAUACUGAUUAAAAUGCCAAAUUGAUGGAUUGGGAACUGAACUGAUUGAGUCAACUGCCAAAUCAUAAACAUACAUAGUUUUAGCUCAUAUAUUCCCUUUUUAGAAAGUGUUCCAUUUUCUAAUGCCAAAAACAACAGUGUGAGUGAAUAUGCUACUAGGUGCACCAUGCACAUGCAUAUGGUCUGCUAAUUUAAAGACAGUUUAACUCUCUCCGUAUGUCAGAGAUGGCAUGAGAUUGCAUAGAAUGUUUUCUGUAAUAAUAUCAAGGCACCUUUAGUUGCACAAUGUAAAAUUAUUGAUGAGUGAUAACAAUCAGGAACCUUUCUUGAUAAGGUUGCUUGAUAACUGAUUCAUAGACAUUUGAUAGGCUUCAUGCAAAAAAGCCUCUCUAUGUGUUCUUUAGAAAGAUUUAUUAAUGUAAAUGAAAUGGUGAGAAAAAAAACACUUUUGAAAUUUAAAUGUGCAAUUUUCUAACAACAAAAGUACAGCACACAUUGAUGAGCCUUUAUUCUGCAGCUUAGGUUGAAAGAAGAUAUUUUUUAACAAGAUGCAUGAUUGCUAGCAAGCUACAGAGAACUUAAGAGGUCAGACAUGUAAUUGGAUUGAUUAUCUGCAAUGCCAAGUAGCACUAGAGUGCACUUAACACGGAAAUUGCUGCCUUACAGCAGCAGAGGGGAGGUGGAAAAAAGAAUGGCUUAUUAGUGGAGUACCAAAGUUACCAAUAAAUACUAAUGAGGCGUUUUUCAUCCUUAGCCCUCCCAACUCCAAAACAACAAUAAUAAGAACAGUUGAUAUUUUUUACUCCCUUAUAAAACACCUUGUAAUUUAAAACUGGCUGUAGGUAUAGUGCAAUUAUGAAUGCUAUAAUCAUUGUACAUACAUCUAUAUAUAUAUAUAUGGCAGCAUCCAUAUUGGCUUUGUAAUCAUUAAUUUUUGGCAAAUUGAAUGUGCUGUAUUGAUAUGUAUCUAUGUAAUUGUAUUGUAUGUCUUAUAGCUAAUUCACAUUUUAAAUAAUGUUAUUUUAUUUACUUUUUUAAGAGAGAAGAAUGUAAAUUUUGUCAGUUUAUUUCUGACUAGGGAUUUGUUGUUGUUUUUUAUUUACAAAACAAAAAAAAACUACUAUAGUACAGAGCGGUACUAGCAUCGUGCUGUAUAAAAUCAUUUGCACAUUCCUGAGUAGAGGUGAAUUUGAGACACCCAGAGGACCUUCACGUUCAAAACAAUGCUUAAAUCUUGUCAGGGCUUUACACAGAUGUAGAAACUGUUUUUGUUAGAACUUAUGCCAGUAUAUCUAGGAUUGGAACAUGAGCCCUUAAAUAUAAACUUAAUUUGUAUUUGGCAGAUUAACAUUAGGUUAAUUUUACCUUUCUAAUAGCCCUUUUUAGGAAAGUGAAUUUAGAGACAUUUCAAAACAUUAUGCAUAAGUACUGAUGGGUGUUUCCCUGAAAAUGUCAGGAAGAAAUACAGAACAUCAGAUCAAUUAAAUAGUACUUCAGAAACUGUAGAUCUAACAACAACAACAAAAAAAAUCACUAGCAUUAACAGUUUUAAGGAGUCAGAGCAUUUUAUUUAAUAAAGCUAAAGCAGAUAGAUGUAGGUUGUAAGAAGUGACGCUGACAUUCUAAGUAGGUGAUCAGAGCAGUUAGUCUUGUUAUAUAUGGCAUUGUAAAAUUGGUCCUGAUCUUGCUAUAAACGUAUCAGAGCAUGUUUCCACUAUUGACUCUGGGGUGCAUUAUCAUAUCCCUUCUUUUAACCCAGGAAUAGAUUGGCUACCUUGGGUUUAGUAUUAUAAAUAGAACUGUAACAAAAAGAAAAAACAAAGAUGCCAGUGGUAUCUAACAACAGUUUGGGGUUUUUUUUGAUUUUCUUUUGUAAUGGGUUGUUGGGUGGGGAAAGGAAAUGUGGUUUUAAGUUUUGUAUAAAAACAAAACAAAAGUUUACUCAUGCUUUAUAGUUAUAUUGUGGUUACAAAAGUUUUCAAGAGUGUGUGCCACUGGGCUACUUCUGGUAUAUUUUAGGUAAGUUAAACCUGUGGCAAUGUUUAGAUCAUUUGAGCAUGUUCUGAAAAAAAAAAAAAAAAAGAUAUUCAGCAUGCCAAGGCAAGCUUUACAUGAAUCACCUAACACAGCAUUGCAGUUUGACAGUUUACAAAAACAUUUCCUUUUUAAAUGACACAGCUGUUCCCACUUGCAAUAUAUUCCUUUGUUGUUGUUCUUGUU